UAGAGUAGGCACGGCGUGGCCGCAGCGGCUGGCGUUGCGUUGUUGCGCAUGCGCACUGUCAGUGCUGCCGGGCUUAGUACGCUGCGCACACGCCGCAAAAACCACCGCCAACAUGAAAAUUAGUGUACAACUCGCGUGUUCUCUGGCCUGUCUCGCUUUCGCGCACGCAGGCAUCCUUCUUGAAAAUGCGCCCGCAUGCCCAGAGCAAUAUGGUGUUCAGGCGUACCAACAUCCGGAGCUGUGUGAUCAAUUCUUCCUGUGCACGAACGGUACAUUGACAGUGGAGACGUGCGAAAAUGGAUUAUUGUUCGAUGGUAAAGGCGCCGUCCACAACCACUGCAACUACCACUGGGCCGUGGACUGUGGCGAGAGAAAAACUGAUUUGACACCUUUGUCUACACCCGGCUGCGAAUACCAAUUCGGUAUCUACCCUGAUAGCAACGAAUGUUCCACGAGCUACGUCAAGUGUGCCUUUGGUAUCCCUAACCAGGAACCCUGCACCCCUGGUCUUGUCUACGACGAACGUACCCAUGGCUGCAACUGGCCGGAUUUAUUGCAACCAUUCUGCAAUCCUGAAGCGGUCGUCGGCUUCAAGUGUCCCACGAAGGUACCUUCCAACUCUCAGUCGGCCAAAUUCUGGCCCUUCCCUCGAUUCCCAGUACCUGGUGAUUGCCACAGACUGAUCACGUGCGUGGAAGGCCAGCCCCGGCUUAUCACUUGUGAAGAAGGCAAGGUCUUUGAUGAUCAGAACCUGACCUGUGAAGACCCAGAGCUAGUCCCACACUGUGGUCAUGCGUGAUUUACUGAUGUUGAGUAUUGCAAAAUGAAAAUGAAAAUUGUGUCUUCCAUACAUUUCUAAUUUAUAUCUACUUAGAUAAUUUGCAAUAAUUUGCACUUUUUUAUUUAAAUUGAAAAUAAUUACAUAAAAAAAAUUCUAACAGUUUUAUUAAUAUUGACUGCUAACAUUGAUGUUCCUUUCCACUUUGGGUUUGCUGGAAGAAAACUCUGUUAGAGUUCUCGCCUUUGUACAUUUGAUUACCUCUGUCAUAUUUUAUAACUGGUGUGUACAAUAAAGAAUUAAAUAAAUAAAUAAACAAUUGUAAAUAACAUAACAUAACACACAAAAUAAAAAAAAAUUAAAUUCAAAACAUGAAUAAAAAAUUUUCCUCAUUAUAAUUGACCUGAUCAUUUGAUCAGUCAAUCAUGAUCAGUUACUAUAUUUUUAAUACAAGCUACAAAAUAAUUCACCUAAUUAUUGUAUGAGUAUAGCGAAGACUUAGUUUAUUUUAUUUAUCGUUUUCGUUUUGUAAUACUGUAAUAUUUUUGUAUGUUUUAAUUUAAUUUCAAUGUAAAAUACCUGGAAAGCUAUUUCCACCGAAUACUAUUUAUUUUUGUAUAAUACUUUUGUGAUUAAACAACCAAUUCUUGAUUACAAACCUAGUUGCCAAAUAAACCAUGAUUUGUGCGUGAUAUUAGUUACCGUAGAAAUACAUAAUAUAUACCUGUUUAAUAUUUGUUCACCUACAUGAAAGUAAUGAAACAAAAUAUUUAUAUAUUUUUAUACUUGUAAAUACUACGAAAAAAGUGAACAUGUAAAUAGAAAAAUAUUUUUAUAUGCGAAAGAAUGAAAUAUAAACAUUUUGUAAAGUUA